AUUACGAAACAGUUAACCCUAGUGGUUUGUUUCUGGCGAGCAACAACUUGUGUCUAAGGGCUGACCUCGAAUUUCAAGAAAGGGACGGGAGCGGUUUCCCCUUGAUCCCCGCCGAGGCGCAGCUGAAGGCGGGUUAUUGGUUGGACAGUAAAGCUGUUUCUUUGUGAGUCGAUCCCAUUUGGCAACGUCGCAACAGGACCCCCACGUUAGGCGCACACUGGCGAAGAGUCCCCCCCCUUGCUGCCUGCCUGUGUCCGGAACGCUACGGAAAGUCCCCGCUCCUCUGCUUAGUGCCUAGCCUAAACCUAGCUCUUGGGAAAGUGUAGUGUAGUGAAGCCAUGUCGGAGCACCAUCGUGGUGCUUGGGGAGCGAGGGAGGACGCGGUGUGGUGGCCGGGCGCGAUAACGACAACCGAUUAUCAGCAGUCGUUACAGUCGCAUCAUCAACAUUUGUUGAAUCAGCACCAUCAACAACUCGCAGCACAACAGCAGCAGCAGCAACAACAACAACAACAAGCGGCUCAGCAGCAGGCACAACAUGAUGCUGUUGCCAGAAGUACCGCGGCAGCGACUCAGCAACUCUUUUCGUAUAAGAUGGCCAGCAGUUUCCAAAACCCUGCAACAACGAUGACUUCGGCCACUGUCUCCUCGUCACCGGUUGCCUCUUGCAUGCGAGGAGGGUACGACUAUAGGCUCGGUGACGGCAUGGUUGGAGGCGGUAAUGGAGGAUUGGUUGGCGCCGGUGGCCGACCUGGGGACGCUUCUUUAGCAGGCAGUGCUGCUCCUCAGUGGUGGUACCCAAGUGGCAUGGGGAACCCAAUUCAGAAUGUGCCAACACCCCCCUCAGUGCCACAGCAACAAAAUCGAGGUAGGAUGCCACGAGGAAAGGCUGAUGCUAAACCCAGGGGGCGAAUGACUGCCUAUGCCUUCUUUGUUCAAACUUGUCGGGAGGAGCAUAAGAAAAAACAUCCGGAUGAGAAUGUAAUUUUUGCUGAGUUCUCAAAGAAGUGUGCAGAAAGGUGGAAGACCAUGUUAGAUAAAGAGAAGAAGCGAUUUCAUGAGAUGGCCGAGAAGGAUAAGAAGCGUUACGACACAGAAAUGGAAGGGUAUACACCUCCAAAGGGUGAAAAGGCACGUGGUAAGAAGAGGAAACAUGUCAAGGACCCCAAUGCACCAAAAAGAUCAUUGUCAGCAUUUUUUUGGUUCUGCAAUGAUGAGCGCAGUAAGGUGAAAGCCUUGAACCCAGAAUUUGGCGUUGGUGAUAUAGCAAAGGAACUGGGUAGAAGGUGGUCUGAUGUUGAUCCUGAGCUCAAAUCCAAAUAUGAAGCAAUGGCCGAGAAGGACAAGGCGAGAUAUGACAGGGAAAUGACUGCUUACAAGAAGAGACCUAAGGGGGGUAUGCCGGUGGCACAAGCUCCGAUGUCAAAGAAGCAAGAAAGUGAAGAUGAAGAGGAUGAGGACGAGGAAGAAGUAGAUGAAGACGACGAAUAAACUCUCAGAAAACUUGUCAGGUUUUUCAUCCCCUCGUUCGUUCAUUCAAACUGUGUGCGCGAAGAAGAGAGACUGAGAAGAUCGUUUGUUCAUACAUUCAUCGUCCUUCCCCCUUCAUGUUUCAUCAUUCAUUGAAAGAUUGAAAAUUUAAAAAAAAAAGUCAUCAUUAUCCUUUCCCUUGUCCCCCCAAUGUACAUAUAAUAUUAACUUACAAUGUUUUGUGUUUUUUCUUUUCAUCUUCAUUUUUUAGUAUGUGGAGUACACAUUAUAAUGAUAAUUUCUGCGAUUGACAGGAUUUUGUUGCAAUUUUGCGGACAUAAUCUAUUACAUUUUUUAAGAGUUUGCUGCAACAGUUCUGUUAGGAUGUUAAUGUAUUGUUUUUAAAAUAAGAAAGUAGGCAUGAGUUAAUUUGAGUUGCCUCUUUUACUAAUGAAGAUGCGUACAUAUUGCAACAAAUGAUUGCCACGGCUUUGCGGUCUGACGGGUUUAAAAAUUGUUUCUGACUCCAUAUAAAGAAAGCUGGCCAUCACCAAAGCCUGUAUCAACUUAAUUUCCAUUUUGGAAAUUACCAUAUUCUCUGGUCUUUCACGAAUGCUGUACUUCUGACAGCCAUAUAAAAUCAGGAUUCUGCUGCCUACUGUUAGUAUGUAAAGUAAACUUGUAUCUACUGUAAAAAGAACUUUGGUGUUUGCCAGUAUCAGAUUUUUAUUUGUCACAAUUCAUUUUCUUUUAAAUUGCCCUCAAAUUAUCUGUUUGCGUGUUCUUUCAUUAGUAAGUGUGUUGAAUGAGAGCGCGGUGAAUCACUUCCAUUUGCAGAGCAAAUUAUUUUUAUUUAAAAGAUGAAUAUGAUAACAGAUCAUUACCCCGAGUCAAGUUAGAAGGUUUUUAUUUCUCCUUUCUAUCCUUAGAAGUGCAAACUGUGUCUCAGAAAAACCAGCAACAUGUUUAGUGAUGCUGGGAACUGAACAAUAUUCACCAGCCAAUGACUCGUGGUGUGACCACAUUUGUGCAUAUUCAAACUCCCCUUGAAUAAGAGGAGCUUCUUAAGACAGUUUAAAAAACCAAUAGCCUCUUCUCUUUUUGAGGGAAAGAUUUCAUUUGAUGGAAUUCGUAGUGAAGAUGAAAAGGGGGGGGUCUGCGUUUCUCGUGUUUUCAUGUCUAUAACCUUUAACAUUCCUCAGAAAGUCUUUAAAUAGAGAAAUGAAACUUGUAUAUUUCAUUGAGGAACCAUAUGGAAAUUAAAAUGUCAAGAAUAAUUUUGUCUUUGAGAUAACAUACUGUAAGUUCACAUGUGAAAGUGUUAGAAUAUUUUAUUACUGAUUUGCAGUCCAAAAGUGUUUUGACCAAUUUCAACUGCAACUUUCUGGUAAAGUGAAUUUUGAAGAAAGAAAAACCAUAACAGAUUUGCUCUGUGUUCAUUUUUAGGGAAAUUCAAAUAGAGAAAAUGGCAGUGUUUGUUUUGUAUCUCAUAGGGAUAAAUAAACUUUUCAAAAAAUCAGUUAAUCAAAUGCCAUUAAGUUUUUUGCACAUUUUUGUCCUGUAUUCCUGUGUUUUGUUUACAGUUCUCAAGCUGUGGAUGUGACAACCCCCAGUUUGCUGAUAAUUUUGACAAUAAUUGGACCCACAGAUGGAUAAAUUCAGUUUUAUAGCUGGUGUUUCUCAACCUGGUGUUAAAUUAAUGGAUGUAAAUACCUCUUUUUUAAGACUUGAAACUUGUGAUUUUCGAUCCCACCUCACCAUUUUUAGUUAUAUUGGGGGGUGGAUUUCAAGUUUAUCAUUUAUUCACAAUGCAUGGGUGUCUGCUGUUCAGUGAAUUCUCUGAGGUGCUUGUACAUAUUGGUAUACGAAAUGUGUUCAUGUUUUUGGCAAUCUGAUCUAGUAAAUACUGGUUUCCAACUGUAAACAUGCCCUUGAGAAGUCUGUUACUGCACUGCCCUGUAACAACUUGUGGCAGCAUUGCAGCAAGUGUGUAAAUUACUUUUUGGUUUGGCAACUCGACUUUGGUUAAACAUGUGGAAUUUUACAGAGCAAUAAAUUAUUAGUAAUUGCAUGAGACCAGAUAAAGCCUACCUGUUGUUAUAUAUGCUUAUAAGUUUCACAUCUGCAUUAUAUGAAGGUCAGUUAAAGCCCUAUUAGAAAUGAGAUGCACUUCAUUGGAAUCACUGGUGUAGAUCAGUUACAAAUUGAAGUUUUGGAAACUUUCCCCUCUACAGAUGGAACAAUGGUUGAGUAACAUUAGUAAGUACAAACUGAAAUUUUGCUUAUUGCUGUAUUUUAUAUAAUCUUUAACAUGUUACAGAAUAUACUGGUGACCAAGGGAAUAUGGGUUGGUCUAACUAAAUGCAGGUGGUAAAUGCCUUUGUAGGCAGUUUCUUCAGGAGAUUAUGCGCAUCACAGUAUAAUCUACAUUCUGGCACCAUUACACAAUUAUCCAGACUUCACUGCAAUGUGGCUUUUACUUUACGCUAUUUUCAAUAGAAGAUGUUAUUAAAAUAUGGUAUAUUAAAUUAAAAUGUUGCUGGCCAUGCCAAAUGUUUGCAGAUGAAACAUUAAUUUCAAGUCUUCUUACAUUUAAAACCACAUAAUUCCCAAUUAAGAAUUCCAUCACUAAAUAAUUUGUCUCCAGAGCAAUGUAAUCUGAUCAGUAGAGGCUAAAAUAUUACUUUUGGUCAUCACUGUUACUAACAAUAUUCCUAUUUGUGCUUCAGCUUUAGAACAUUGAAGAACAUUUUGAACCAGUUUUCCUUUUAAUGUGAUCAAACAUAAUACUUGUGAAUGUGCCCAUGGUAACCCCUCAGGCUGUCACAAUGCCCAUUACAAAAAUGCUAACAUCUUGUAAUCUCACAAUGUGGUGCAGAUUUAGUGUGAAAGACAUCACAAAAAAAAGACUUUCUCCUUUGUUUUUCUCAAGUACUUCCCUAUAAAUACACACAUUGUAUCAUUAAUAGACUUCUUUCAUCUACUGAUGUUUCAGUCAUAAGUAACCUAAGUGGACUUCCAUUAAUUUGCAUCUUAUAAGCCUUGUAUGUGUUGCUAUUAGGAGUGUACGCUUCAUUUACCCAGGGCUGUGGAGUCGGAAGCAAUUUUAGGUGGAGUCAGUAAAAAUGUACCGACUCCGACCUCGAUAUAAAAUCUUAAGAACAAUUUCUAUACCCUGUGAGCCGCCGGCAGCCUCGCACUUAGGGAGAUUCAGUGACGCGUUGAGCCACAUGGUGAGGGAAUAAUGCUUUGUAACUUUGGCUCCAGUACCUUAAGAAUACAAACUGUCUACAAAUCAACUGAUUUCUGUAAUAACCAUUAGACGUAUAUUUAAAUAUAGGUUAUAAGUCUAAAAAGUAGGCUGAUGAUUAACAUGGUGAUAAAAUCUCUUAUGGUGCCAUUUACCAUUUUAGUAGGUUUACCUUUUAUGAAGGAGUACGGACUCCACAGCCCUGCUUUUACCAGUAGGGCUGCAAAACUUUUGGGACUGAAAAAUCUGGUCUUUAAACAUCUCUACUUGAACUGCUAAACAAUAAAAUACUUUGUUUUUACAAGUGAUCUCAUUCGGAUUUAUUUUGUUCAGAUUGUGGGUGAGUAUACACAAAAUGAUCCUUAGCUUUCAGUCAGUUCAACAAUACCUGUCCAGUCAAUUAUUGAAUUCAUUUAUCUGUCAUUGUGGGGAAAGUAUUUUUUUUAAACAACUGUUGUAACACUACAAAAUAUUAACCCAUCCAAGGUAUAUGCACUAUGAAAGGCUAUUUGUGGGCAACUUUCUUUGAACCCUUGUAUUGUGAAAGGCAGAAUCACAGUUACUUUAUUAGCAAGCAGUGAACUGUACCAAAUAAUGUAAAGAUGCAGGAGUACUACUGUCAGCUUUCUUGUUUGUGAAGCUGAGUAUACAUGGUAUUUGUGUAUUUCAACAGAGAAAGUUAAAUAUGUGAUCACUCUACAGAAAAAAAGUAUAAUAAAUAUCUUGUCAGGAUAA